UGCGCGCUCGUGUGAGCUGUUCGAGAGUCAAGUUUGACAAAGAGAAAAGUACCCAAAACGAAGCCUGGCUAGGUCCUACAGGCUCCCUUUCUCACUUGGCUGUGCCAUAUACGUGUAUUUGUACAUACUUUGACGUUUACAGUGAAACACUAGAGCAAUUAAACGUAAUUUUUUUUUUUUUUGCACGACUUUCUUUUACUUCGGUUGUAAAAGAGAGCAAAGGAGUACAGGACAUACAGAGAGCCUGCUAUGGAGACUUGACUGUACACAGGCAUCAAUAGGUACACAUGUAUACCGUUUGAGUGUGUGUUGUAUAUAUACACAAUAGUGACGGACAAGCCAGUGCGUGGCGCGUGCAUUAAAUAAGGGAGCGAAUUCAGAGAAUACCUAAGCAGGAGAAGAAAAAGGAAGGGCCUCUCUCUCUUAGUGUACAGUGUGCUGACGACGGGACAGCAUUGCUGCGUUUAGUGCGUCGCCGUAAGCUUCUGAUCGAGCGUGCAACAGUGCUAACGAAGGGAGGAUUAAGGAUUCGUUGGCUGUUUUCCCUCAUUUAGGCAGGAGACGCUACACAGCUUGAGGCUACGUUCUGACAGACAACGCAGAGAAAAAGGCACACAUCGUCCUCCACCAUUCGUUAUUCUCUUAUCUGGUUGGGUCUCUAGUUAAAACCCAGUAUUUACACGAGGGUUAUUUAUUUUUAAUAGGCAAAUCAAAGAGAAUACAGAGCCAAGAUGUUUGACGUUUUUGGCUCGGUGAAGGGCUUGCUAAAGCUCGAUGUGGUUUGCAUUGACAACAAUGUAUUCAGACUACAUUACAAAGCAACCUUUGUCAUUCUGGUGGCAUUUUCGCUGCUGGUCACUUCAAGACAGUACAUUGGUGACCCCAUCGACUGCAUAGUAGAUGACAUCCCACUGCAUAUAAUGGACACUUACUGCUGGAUCUACUCCACCUUCACGGUGCCAAAACUCAACGGAGAGCCAGGCAAGGAUGUCGUUCAACCUGGUGUAGCAGCGCACAUGGAUGGAUUGGAUCAAGUCAGAUACCACAAGUACUACCAGUGGGUUUGCUUUGCCCUAUUUUUCCAAGCCCUUCUGUUUUACGUCCCUCGUUACCUCUGGAAAACGUGGGAAGGUGGCAGAAUCAAGAUGCUCGUGCUCGACUUGAACUUCCCGGUCGUAAGCGAGGACUGCAAGGCUGACCGUAGGAAGCUCCUCGUCGACUAUUUCACUACGAACCUUCACUCCCAGAACUUUUAUGCGUUUCGCUUCUUCUUUUGCGAAUUUCUAAACUUCAUCAACGUCUUCCUACAAAUGUAUGUUGUCGACGUCUUCUUGGGCGGCGAGUUCUCGCAAUACGGCUUGGAAGUCGUUGGGCUCACAGAAAUGGAUCCGGACGAUCGCAUCGACCCCAUGUCUCGAGUCUUCCCAAAAGUCACAAAGUGCACCUUCCACAAAUAUGGUGCUUCCGGUACUGUGCAGAAAUUGGACGGUCUCUGCGUACUCCCGCUGAACAUCGUCAACGAGAAGAUCUACGUGUUCCUUUGGUUCUGGUUCUGGUUCUUGGCUGCCAUCAGCGCCAUGAGUUUGAUUUACCGAGUAUGCGUGUGCACGGGAGUCAACUUCCGUAGACUACUUCUGCGAGCGCGCUCGCGGCUCAACACCCACGACCAGAUCGAGACGAUAAACAAAAGGUGUCAGAUUGGCGAUUGGUUCAUUCUCUAUCAGCUCGGCAAGAACAUCGAUCCGCUCAUCUACAAGCAACUGAUAUCCGACCUAGCGAAAAAGUUUGAAGGCAAGGAGAACGUCUAGGGAAAAACUGCUUUCCAGCUUCGACUAGCCCAUUUAUUCUUUUUCCUGAUAACGACGAUGCAGCCGUAAUCGAACGAACGAUCGAUCGCAAGACCGAAAACGAGAAGCUUGGAAGAUUGCGAGGAAGAGAAGAAGAAAGAUAGAGGGACAGAUCGCGUGUACCCUGCCGAUUAUAACAUACUUACUCUAGGUGAUUCAAUUUUUUUUCUUUUUGAUUUCAAGAGAUAUAGACAGAAAAUGCUCGAGUAAAAGUGAAUUUGAAGCAAAAUAAAAUAAUGAAGAUAGAACGGAAACUGAAAAGUGUACUUGAAGCAUAUUUGUGAUGAUGUGCGUACCUUCCCCGCGUGAGUCGCGCAAAGGCAAACGCAGCUCAGUAUUUUCCCCCACGUUAUCUUUUGGUAGUCUGUAACUAAGGGAAUUUCUAUGAUGAAAGAAUAUCAUGCCCACGCGAUGCACUUUUAGUUAUUGUUCUUGUUUCUUUCAUUUGCGAUUAAAUUUCUGUAUCAUCUUCCGCCUGUCUUCUCAGCAUCUUUUGAGCGUGUCCCAAUGCAUUUUGAUCAAUCUUUUACUUUACUUAUACUUUAUUUAUUUAUUUAGCUGUAGUAUACAAAGAUUUAUGCUGUUUUUGAACAAUUUCGUUUAUAAUGAAGAUUUAGGUAGUCAAAAAAGUAGUACAUACAAAAUUUUUAAGCCAUCAGUCGCUACACUGUUCAUGAGUAUACUCUUAUUGUAUUUAAUAGAAUAGAAAAGAAUAGCAUUAAAAAAAAAAAUUAAAAAAAGUUUGCAUACAAGUGUUAGAUAUGUUGCGUAGUUGCUUAUUAUUUUUAUCAUUCAUUAGAUGUAGAUUCUUCGUUUGGCAGUAUUGAAUGGGAUUUCGUUGACAGCGUGGAAAUACGUUUAAAAUAAAUGCACUUCCUAAAUGAUUUUCCACUCUUGGCUCGCUCGAGUUAUUUUUAAGGAACGGCACGCUCGGCAUUUAAUUUCACGGUAUUCUAAAAUUUCUUUGAUUUAUCAGUACUUUUAAUUCACCAUUACAUUUUUUUUCUUAUUCAUCGUUGCGUUCAUUUCAUUUGAGAUGUCUAACUGUGUCGUGGUAAAAUCAAUUAUAAUUAUCAUUUGAGAUGGAGAAACAAAAUUAUUUCAAGUUUUUUUCUUAACACCCAAAAAAAUGUACACGAUAGUCGUAAUAGUUGCACGAUUCUCGGUAAAAUUUUGGAAAUAAUGGCAUCUCGUGUUUUCGCACCCCGGAUUUUCCUCCUGAAAUUUGAACAAAAUUGAAAACCCGGGCGGUUUGAAUCCAACCAGGGAAAUCUUUCUUUCGAGGCAUUAAGCGUUAACCGGACGUGGUGUAAAAUUCCACCGGAGUAACUCGAGAGACCGAGGGGAGGCAAUUGAAAGCCGGGGUUAAAAGAGACACUGGUCGGGUAAUUCAAGUAACGCGCUUGGCGAGCCGAGGAAAAAAGCCGCUCCCGAAAUAGUAUAUUACAGUAGUCACUCCGCGAAGAGCUGAUGCAGCGACGGAAGUGCUUUGUCGCCCCUUUCUCGGGAUUCAAAUUUUUCGAGUCAAUCUUUUUUUCCAUUUGAAAGGCAAAAAUACUCUACCUUUGCAUUAAAGCUGACGAUGCACUCGCCGAUCUCUCGUUCCCUAUCGGAAUGAAAUACACCGAUCCUCUUGAUAAAUGUAGCGGCUUUUUUUACGAGAGGCUUAGACAUUUUGAAUGCCUUGGAUGUAAAAUUGCAGAGCUCGUUUGUAAUUGUCCGCUGUAAACUUGAAACGUGCGAAAACCGUGCACUAUUUUGCGUUUUAAUUAUUUUUAAAUUAGAUAAGCGAAUUUAAUUAUAGUAUUCACUUAUACAAAAAAAACUCUAUAGAUUAGCAUAAAACAUGUUUCGGCAACACUCUAUCCUUAUCCGCGACAAUCGUUAAAAAAUAGAAAAAAAUUCUUGUAAUAUGGAAAUAAAAAUUCAGUCAUGAUUGAGAUGAAUAAAAACUCGAGUUGAAGAUAAUUUUAUUUUUUAAACAUUAACUCAUAAUUAUAAUAACUAUUAUUAACUUGUAAGAAAGAAAAAAUAAAGAUAAUCAAAACUUUUUAGCCUUUUAAGCUAGUUGAACGUCUUGGGGGGGGGGGGGAAAUAUGUAUCUCAAAAUGUCGCGUAUUUUCGCUUUACCUCGCUCUUCAAGCGAAGAACGAGGCAAAGUCGUAGCGAGUGCUGGGGAAAAGAAAACGACUCUAUAUCCGCCGCUUAUCGCACAAUUAGAGCCCGCGAAGCCUCGGCGAGUCUUCCCGAGACGUCCUUUUUCUCACGGCUCGCUCGAGACGACGCAUAUAUGUAUACAGAGAGAGAGAUAGAAGUUGCAGUCGAGGGAAUGAAUAACAAAUGAGGCUUUCGUUAUAAAAAGGAGAGAAGAAGGAGAGAGGACGUGGGAGGCGAAAGAAGGAUCGAGAGAUCGGUACAGCCCUUAAUGGCACCGCCGUCUACCGGAGAGCGCGCGAACGAGGGGAUCGGCUCUUUGUUUCUUCGGAGAGGGUCCUUUUCUUCGUUUUAACGAAGCUGCGCUGGCUUGGUUUUUCUUUAUCUCCGAGCUCUUGUUAUCGCGAUGAAAAAUUCUCUCUGGUUUCGUAUGUAUAUUCUUACGGGGAAAAGUACAAUAGGAUUUUUCGAUGGAAAACGUCCCGAAACGCUGGGAACGAUGGGAACCACUGGUUGUCCCGUGCUUAUGAUAUUUAUGCUCUCUUUCUCUCUUUUCGAUCGCAUUCAGUACGUUAUUUUUUUGUUCUUUUUGAAACGGAAAAAAAAAAUUGAGUCCUACAGGUUUGGCAUGGUUUGUUUUCUCAUUUGUUUUCAUCUCGUUCAAAACCUUUGAUGAUUUUUUUAUUGUUUAUUUUUUUCUAAUGUAAAAAAUCUAACGGGCACUUUUACGAAGCUGUACACGACUCGCAAGUGAUUUAAUCGAGAUUCGUCAUUGGAAAAAACAGUCUUAUCAGCUGCGCUGCCUUUAUGGAAGUAUCGUUUCUUGAUACUGCGUGAAUGUAUGAAAAGUAUGGAUUAGUCAUUCUGUUACUUUGCUUUGUUAUUAUUAUUUUUUUUUUUUUUUCUGAAGUACUAACUAUUUUUUACAUGUAUCGAGUGGAUGAAAUUAUGCCAAGUGAAGUAAAUCAUUAUCAAGUGCACCGUUGGGUUUGCCUUUAUGCGCCAAUACAGGGUACGAAGAGACCCAUGUUCUGCAUUUUUUUGUAACUUACCAUCAUUGCAAUAUAGCUUACAGAUACACACAUCAUUUUCGACUUUACAAAAUCAUCGUACAGUUUACAUAGUACUGCCACCCUGAAAAAAGUUUUGUUCUUCAUUAUUUUAGAUUGUCUGCCGUAUAGAAAGCAUACGUUCAAGUGUUCUGUAACUUUUAUAUGAAUAAUAAUUUUAUGUAGAAAAUAAUGCGUCAAUAAGAAAAACCCGAGAGUAUAUGAAACAAAGAAAUCAAGCCUCAUAGCGUUUUUGUAAUUUUUUUUUUUUUUUUUUUUCAUCGAGCGGUCGUCAUUAAAAAUCUGUACCUCCAACGGAAGUAACAACCGUCGUCGGAUGCGUGAAUAUCUCUUGCUGAUACCGAUACAGAAUCGUAUACUCUCACAUUACAUUACGAUGAUCGACGUUGUUUUUACCUUUCAUGCGAAUCAUCUAUUGUACAAAAUGUUGACAGUAUCGUUCAUUUCCAAGUAUCGUCCAAAAAGCGCCAACAAUAAAAGUACGGUAUAGAAAAAAAUAAGAAAAAAGAAAAAUCCAGCGAGACGAUAAUGAGGCCUGUGUAAGCUCCUGCUAAAUAAUCGAGGCGAUUGGUUACAUUACUUUCCAACUUGGAUGCGAAGUACUACAACCCUUUCGAGUAAGUGCACGCACGCACAUGCACAUACGUUGGCAAACGCACGUGCAUGGGUGUGCGUGUGUAGGCGUAUAAUGUGUCAACGCGUGUGCCAGCUUUUUUUUUUUUUUUCUUGAGCGAGAGAGACAAAGAGAGACUGGGACGAGAAAAAGAGGGAGCUACGUAGCUGCUUAGUAGUAAUUUAGCUGAAUUGUGAUAGAUCCGUUUAACGGCAUAUGACUGUUAUAUGCGCGUAUACUCGGUAAGGCGCGGGAAACCGAGAGAGAAAGAGAGACGAAGAGAGCGAUGUGUGUGACGAGAGACAAUUGUGGCGCCGAGUAUGAUCAUAAUUUUUUUCGUAUGUAUACGGACAUAUCGAGUGUACGUCUAUAACGCAAAUGUGAAAACGUACGUCAAUGCGAGGGACCAAUGAACUACUAUGAUAUAUUUUUGUAGGUUCGACAGAAAAGCAUUCCUAGAUUGUGUCUUUUUAAAAACAUUUUCCAAUUUUUCCUUUCCCCCCCCCCCCUUUUUUACAUACAAGAGCUUUUUUCUGUAUAAACUGUAAUGAUGUUAUGUUUGAAAAAGAAAAAACAAUUGAGAGUAGGAAAGUGCUGAGAGUGUGAAGAUGUGUCUUUUAUGCGAACAUUUAUUGUAUAAAAAAGUGAAUAAAUUAAUUUCUAAAGGUA